AUGGCCUCCCUCCUCCCGUCCUCGGCUGCGCGUCAGUCGACGGCCCUGUCGCUGCAUCUCAACCCGGCAGCCGUCUCCUUCCGCACAUAUUCCCAGCCUCAAUUCUCACAUCGCCCGACGAGCUCUCAUCAACCCUCUCUUCCCAUCCGCUCCACCCGCACAUUCCUGACGCACCUCCGCCGCCAAGCGCAGGCACUGAAGGAACAGCCGGCCCCGGCCCCGACACCCACUGGCCCAGUGAAGCCGCCCAAGACAUCGCAGCCGGCUCUGCAGCUUAAUAAUCUUCCCUACUUCGUCCGCCGCACUCCCUCCAACCAACUCCCCGUCUACCUUGUCACAAAAGCCGGCGGCACGAAGCAGCAGACCAAGAUUCAAAAGACCGAGGGCGACAUGGAUGCUCUGCGCAAGGAUUUGGCGUUGGCGCUCGGCGUUGAAUCGCCCAACGGGCCGCCCCCCAAGAAGCCUGAGGUUGCAAUUAACCGGUUGAAUGGGCAUAUUCUUGUCAAGGGCUGGCGGAAGGCGGAGAUCCUGAAGUUCCUUGAGGAACGAAACUUCUAA